AUGAUCAAUUUGGGACACAGUGUCAACGGCCUGGAAGUGAUCCGCUUCCCUCCGGGGUCUGCGUCGGUCCUGGUCGGAGAACCACAGCGUUGUGUUAUUUUGGCCACCACACCGGUGCGUAUGUAUCAGUUGGCCGGUUGGAUCAAUCCUACUGGGGCGAGUUCCAAACUCACACAUUUCACCUCGGGCAGUCCGCCCACAGGAAGCCCGGUCAAUUUGGCACUCGGAGUGAAUAUUGCGGAAUGUGCUGUCCCAGUUGGUCCCAGUUUGCAGACCGGUAUUUUCCCAGGUUCCUCCGUUGGACUCUAUCACGGCGUGUUCUCCUCGGACGAUAAACUUCCGUCCGGUAGCAAAGUGACCGAAUUUCCUCACAGUUUCGGCUAUAGUGAUUUGAAGUUGUAUCAACCGCCGGACGCAGAACUACCUGAUCGAUUCGCAUGGAUGACCGGCCCCGGUGUCUACCUCGGUUAUUUGAAGUCCGAACAACUUAGACUACCUCCAUUUUCCACGGGAUCUGCGAAUUCCCCCGAUUCUCAUCGGGCUAACGGAACAAGCGAGGGACCGAACGCGUCUACCUUGUCCGAUCAGACCGCGUCCGAUGCACCGGAUGUAUUCUCCGGACGUGGGGUCAAUUUGACCAAGAACACCAAACUACUACCGUAUCCGCUGCUCCGAUUAGUCGAACGCCCCGGUACCCCGUUGGGUAUUUGUCUAACCGCUUUUCAUGUGAUCAUUACGUACGCGGACCGGGUGAAAGCGGUCAAUUUGUUGGAUGAUCGAACUGUCUGUUCGCUUCCGUUGCUUGCCGAAUUGGGUGAUGCCCGAGCGCUCGGA